CCUUGCUCAGGUACAUUUUUGUGCGGGAGAGGGUCACCAUCGUCCACGCCCACAGCUCCUUCUCCGCCAUGGCUCAUGAUGCCCUCUUUCACGCCAAAACCAUGGGGCUGCGGACGGUGUUCACGGACCACUCCCUCUUUGGGUUUGCGGAUGUCAGUUCGGUGCUUACCAACAAACUUCUGACAGUGUCCCUGUGCGAUACAAACCACAUCAUCUGCGUCUCGUACACUAGUAAGGAAAACACAGUGCUGCGAGCGACUUUGGACCCUCGGAUAGUCUCUGUCAUCCCCAACGCCGUCGAUCCCACCGACUUCACUCCAGACCCAUCAAGGAGGGAAGACAGCACGAUAACAAUUGUUGUUGUCAGCAGACUAGUUUACAGAAAAGGUAUAGAUUUGCUUAGUGGUAUAAUCCCGGAGCUCUGUCAGAAAUAUCCAGAGUUACAUUUCUUAGUUGGAGGAGAAGGACCAAAACGAAUUGUACUGGAAGAAGUCCGGGAAAGAUACCAGCUACAUGACAGGGUACGUCUCCUAGGAGCCUUGGAACACCAGGAUGUUAGAAAUGUUCUAGUCCAGGGGCACAUUUUUCUCAACACUUCCCUCACUGAGGCCUUUUGUAUGGCAAUUGUGGAAGCGGCAAGCUGUGGUUUACAGGUGAUAAGUACGAGAGUUGGCGGGAUUCCUGAGGUGCUUCCAGAAAAUCUCAUUAUUUUAUGUGAACCUUCCGUGAAAUCUUUGUGUGACGGAUUAGAAAAAGCUAUCGCCCAGCUCAGAUCAGGAACACUACCAUCUCCAGAGACUGUUCAUAAUAAAGUGAAGACAUUUUAUACAUGGAGGAACGUUGCAGAAAGAACUGAGAAAGUGUAUGACAGGGUUGCAGAUGAAGUGGUUUUGCGAAUGGAUGAGCGGCUCAACAGACUGAUGUCUCACUGUGGCCCAGUGACUGGGUAUAUUUUUGCUCUUUUUGCUGUUCUGAACUUCCUUUUCUUGGCGUUUCUGAGGUGGAUGACUCCAGAUUCCAUUAUUGAUGUUGCAAUAGAUGCCACAGGACCUAAAGGUGCAUGGACUAAACAGUAUUUUUUGGGAAAAAAAAGAAGAGUUAAAGAAGAACUUCCAAGCUCCUAAAAUGCUCAAAUGGAGAAGGAAGAAUGCAUCAGUCACUAAACAAAGGUUUUAAUGCUUGCUGAUAGAGACACUACUCUUAAAAUCCUUUAGUUUCUUUCUGAAGUUCUUGGAAAGAAACUUGGUUAAAUGUGCUACCUCAAUUUAGGAUGAUGUUUUAAUUUAGUUUUGGAUUC